UGUAAUGGCAACCCUUGCAAUAAUAGGCGAAUGCGCUUGCGUGAUGCCGGGUGCGUGCUAUUUUAACUCGUAAAGUGAAUUAGCGUCUUUUUGUGUGAAUAUUAAGUUUUUAUUGAAAAAAGUGUUGAUAUUAUAGUAACGUUUAAGUGGGAAAAUGGUCGCUCAGAAGAGAGGUCGUGGUGCCAAAAAUCAAGCGAACAAAGCUAAAGCCAAUCAGCCCACUGAAGAAGUCGUUGCGACGGAAGUGACGGAACAAGAACCUGAAGCUGCCGAAGAAAACAAUGGAGAUUCACAGCCCGAGAAUAAUGAAGAACAAGCGACAGGGGAGGAAGCUGCGGAGGAACAGUCAGAAACAGAACAGACCCAAGAAGAUGAACCCAAAGCUGAAGAACUCAAAGAAGAUAAAGUAGAAUCUGGGAAACUACUGGUGGAGAAUCUGCCUUCAAGCUAUCUAUUCGACUAUCAAGACAAACUCAAGGAGCUGUUCAGUAAGCAUGGAGAAGUCGUCAGUGUGAAACGUGGUCCAAUCAUUGUAACCGAACUGACCACAACUCCAACAUUAUCGGCUAUAGUCGAAUUCAAAAACAAAGAUUCCCUGGAAAAGGCGCUGUCAGAGAACGGCACGUCCUUGGAUGGUAGCGUAAUCUCUGUGGUGGUGGAAUCCCGAGCGGACACCGGCAUCCUGGUGGGAGUCCCUUACGAGGCCAGCUGCGACUACGUGAAGGCGCUGUUCGAACAGUGCGGCCCGGUCGCGCACGUACAUGAGUUCAGCAAGACCAAGUACAAGAUAUUACGAGUAACCUUCAAUGAGAAGGAGUCAGUGGAGCGUGCUCUGAAGUUGGACAGAGACCUCCGCAUCAACGGGUUCCUGGUUACAGUCUCCAAGUACAGGGACGACGACGAGUUCAAGGCACACUCCGCUAACUCAAACAAGAACAAGAGACAGCAUGGCCAACAGAAUCGGAACUCCGGUAACACGAACGUGAACAACUCGGGAGGAACCAGCCCCGCAUCACGCACCAACAGUUACCGCGCGAGAGGAGGCGCCUUCAACGCCAGGGGAGGAGGCAACUAUAGAGGCGGCCGAGGUCGCGGGUUCUCGGGGCGCGGCUCGUUCCCUCGCGGCGGCUUCACUCCGCUCAACACGUACAUGCCGCCACAGCCGUACAUGGGCCGACCGCAGGGAGGCUUCAUGAACGACGGUCAGCGGCCGGUCAAGCGACUCCGACAGAUGUAGGUGUGUGAGCGGGACGGCGUGCGUCACUAUAUGUUCGUGUGUGUUUGUGUGUGUGACAGAGACAGACAACUGUAUCAGAUAAAUCUAGCUAAUUGUAUUUACUAAGUACACGAGAUAAAAUAAUUGUAAACUUAAUGAUACUGUCUUUUGACAGAUAAUAAAUGAAUACUAACA